CACCCCCCUUACGCUCCUGUCUCCCCCGCUCCCUCCCUCUCACAGUGCACCGGAGGCUCCAUUGCGGAUGCUGGGCCCGCGCCAUAUUGUACAGCCCGAGCAGAGGACAGGACUGCAGUGUAUGACACAACGACACACAACACGACGGCAACACACAUCACACGGCGCAGCAUCACAUCCCCCAGCAUUGUGUGUGUCCGCACUAACUCCGUAUGAAAUGUCCCAGGCGGCGCAGAUCAACGGAGCUCAAGCACUAAGUAAAACAUGGGAGCUAAGUCUGUAUGAAUUGCAGAGGACACCUCAGGAAGCAAUAACAGAUGGCUUAGAAAUCGUGGUUUCCCCCAGAAGCCUACACAGUGAAUUAAUGUGUCCAAUAUGUCUUGAUAUGCUAAAGAACACCAUGACAACUAAAGAAUGUUUGCAUCGGUUUUGUGCAGACUGCAUAAUAACAGCUCUCAGAAGCGGGAACAAAGAGUGCCCUACAUGUCGAAAAAAAUUGGUCUCCAAAAGAUCACUGCGCCCUGACCCAAAUUUUGAUGCCCUCAUAAGCAAGAUCUACCCAAGCCGCGAUGAAUACGAAGCACACCAGGAGAGAGUACUUGCCAGAAUUAGCAAACACAACAACCAGCAAGCCCUGAGUCACAGUAUAGAGGAGGGACUGAAGAUACAGGCCAUGAACAGACUACAGAGAGGAAAGAAGCAGCAGGUGGAGAAUGGGAGUGGAGCAGAAGAUAACGCAGACAGUUCCCACUGCAGUAACGCCUCGGUGCACAGCAACCAGGAAGCUGGUCCCAGCAAUAAGAGAACCAAAACAUCUGAUGACUCUGGACUAGAGCUGGACACCAAUAAUGAGACAGUCUCAAUUGACCCUGCCAUGGAUGGAGCUAGCGAGAUUGAGUUAGUCUUCAGACCUCACCCCACACUGAUGGAGAAAGAUGAUAGUGCCCAGACUCGUUACAUUAAGACAUCAGGCAAUGCUACAGUUGAUCACUUGUCAAAAUAUUUAGCCGUUCGUUUGGCGCUUGAAGAAUUUCGCAGUAAAGGAGAGAACAACACAAUGAACCUCAACACUGCCAGUGAAAAACAGUACACCAUUUACAUUGCAACUGCCAGUGGACAGUUUACUGUGUUAAACGGCUCCUUUUCCUUGGAAUUAGUCAGUGAGAAGUAUUGGAAGGUUAACAAACCAAUGGAACUGUACUAUGCACCUACAAAGGAGCAUAAAUAGUGAUGGACUUUGUCAACUUUUUUUUUCCUUUUUUUUCCCUGUCAUAUAUAAUAUGUUAUACAUCUAAGAUAAUAUAUUAUAUAGUAGAGGAGUCAUACACUCACUUGGAAAUGUUGCACUUUUAAAACAAGUGAGACCCUCUGAUCUAGUUCAACUGUUUAUUUCUUGUUUCUUUAUAAGUAUAUUUCUAAAUAAGCUCUCUGUUUUGGUAUUAAGAUCCCUGCAGCCAACGGCCAUAGAAAUGGAAUUUCUAAAAGUUACGACGAGGCCUCUGUAUUGUGUUGCAGGCGAGGUUUCUUUUUUUUUUUUCUCAAUUGUAUUUUCUUCGUGUUUUUUCUAAUUUUGGAAUACAACUAUUUAUUGAUUACUUAGAUAGGUUGGUAAUUAUACAUAUGGCACUGAAGGUAAAUUAUUAUGUUGUAAGCACAGGUAAUGCUGUAUAUCAAGGACAUUUUUUUUAUUCUAUUGCAAGUUUUCCCAAGUACAAAAGAACUAUACAUUUGAUAUACACUAAUUUUAGUUAAAAGGUUGGAAAAAUUAGUGUCUGUAUUACACAUAUCAGCAUAUGAAUGACAUGUGUUACUUUUUUAACAAGCCCAUAUCCUUGUUACAUAGAUCAACGUUUGCACAAGUAGGAUCCAGUUUUGUAAAGGAGACAUUUUUAGUUUGUUCUUUUCUUUUCUUUUUUUUUUUUUUUCUUAACCCGUUUAUGAACCUCAAAGUAAAGAAUGCAUCGUAAUGUGUUAAACAACUCACAGGCACUCAAAUGUUAAUCCUAAAGUAUAAGGCUGGGGUGCUCUAAGCACCAUAACUGUUACAGCCUGCUGUAGUUGUUAUGGUGCCAGGAGUGGCCUGGCUGCCUCCCAGACAUUUGCAAACCGUUUGAUAACUUACAUGGGGUCCUUCGUUCAGUCACUUCUAAAGCUGGAUACUCCUGCUAGCGUUGGAGUGUAUAGCAGCAGAGGAGGAAGCACCCAGUGCCUGGCAGACCUCGGGUAAGUUGACAAAUGGUUAAACUACUUACCUUGAGAGGAUACCAGAUCACUCUUGGCUCUAUACGCUUUGCCAAGGGCUGUAGUGGUUAUAGUGCUCGUAGUGUUUGUUUGGUGUUAACACUCGGCUACAAUUGGGCUAUAUUUCCCAAGAUUUGCUGAAAGGAGGACCACCACGAUCAGUAGUACAUGGGCUAGGAUUAACCCUUGCAGUGCCAGAGGUUAGGUUUUGUUGUAAAUAAAGUAUUUUCAGUUUAUAAAACUAAAUUCAUUCCUAUAUGUUUAUCCUCUAUGUUCAUAUUUUUAUGUUGAGAACAAUAGAGUAUUUGCCAUAGGUGGAAUGCUUGUAACAAAACAUUAAAAGUAAUAUCCGGAACCA